GCUUUUGGAUCCCAGCCCUUAAAAUCCCUGUGGUUGUUUCCUCACGCAUUCCCUCCCACUGACCCGGCCCAGGACACUGCUUCUGGACAGGGAAUGGUGACAAGCCAGCCAGGCCCCAGAGGAGAGGCAGCAGCCCAACCAGGAGACUGGAGAGAACAUAGAGCAAUGGCAACCCGAAGAAAAGGCCAGUACACCCUGUGGAAGUCCUCUCUGGACAGCAUGUCCCAAUUAAUGGAUUCUGAUAUGGAUUAUGAAAGGCCAAACGUAGAGACCAUCAAGUGCGUGGUGGUGGGGGACAACGCCGUGGGCAAGACCCGGCUCAUCUGCGCCCGGGCCUGCAAUGCCACCCUCACCCAGUACCAGCUGCUUGCCACCCACGUGCCCACAGUUUGGGCCAUCGACCAGUAUCGGGUGUGCCAGGAGGUGCUGGAACGUUCCCGAGACGUCGUAGACGAUGUCAGCGUGUCCCUCCGCCUCUGGGACACCUUUGGAGACCACCACAAAGACCGUCGCUUUGCUUAUGGGAGAUCCGAUGUGGUGGUUCUGUGCUUCUCCAUUGCCAACCCCAACUCCCUCCACCAUGUCAAGACCAUGUGGUACCCAGAAAUCAAGCACUUCUGCCCCCGAGCACCUGUCAUCUUGGUGGGCUGCCAGCUGGACCUGCGCUACGCCGACCUGGAGGCUGUCAAUAGGGCCAGGAGACCCUUGGCUAGGCCCAUCAAGCCCAAUGAGAUCCUGCCUCCAGAGAAGGGUCGGGAGGUGGCCAAGGAGCUGGGCAUCCCCUACUACGAGACCAGCGUGGUGGCCCAGUUCGGCAUCAAGGACGUCUUUGACAACGCCAUCCGGGCAGCACUCAUCUCCCGCCGGCACCUGCAGUUCUGGAAGUCCCACCUCCGCAAUGUGCAGAGGCCUCUGCUGCAGGCGCCCUUCCUGCCCCCCAAGCCACCUCCCCCCAUCAUCGUGGUGCCCGACCCCCCCUCCAGCAGCGAGGAGUGCCCCGCCCACCUCCUGGAGGAUCCGCUGUGUGCGGAUGUCAUCCUGGUGCUGCAGGAGCGGGUGCGCAUCUUCGCCCACAAGAUCUACCUCUCCACCUCCUCCUCCAAGUUCUACGACCUGUUCCUCAUGGACCUGAGUGAGGGGGAGCUAGGGGGCCCCUCAGGGCCAGGGGGCCCCCGCCUGGAGGACCACCGGGGUCACCCUGAUCAACACCACCACCAUCACCACCACCACCACCACGGCCGGGACUUCCUGCUCCGGGCAGCCAGCUUUGAUGUGUGUGAGAGCGUGGAGGAGGGUGGGGGCUCUGGUCCCGCUGGGCUCCGGGCCUCAACCAGCGAUGGGAUCUUACGGGGCAAUGGGACAGGGUACUUGCCUGGGAGGGGUCGAGUGCUGUCUUCCUGGAGCCGAGCUUUUGUGAGCAUCCAGGAAGAGAUGGCAGAAGAUCCACUGACUUACAAAUCCCGGCUGAUGGUGGUGGUAAAAAUGGACAACUCCAUCCAGCCGGGGCCCUUCCGGGCUGUUCUCAAGUACCUGUACACAGGGGAGCUGGACGAGAAUGAGCGGGACCUCAUGCACAUUGCCCACAUCGCUGAGCUGCUCGAGGUCUUUGAUCUGCGCAUGAUGGUGGCCAACAUUCUCAACAAUGAGGCCUUCAUGAACCAGGAGAUCACCAAGGCCUUCCACGUCCGCCGGACCAACCGGGUUAAGGAGUGCUUGGCAAAAGGCACCUUCUCAGAUGUGACCUUCAUCCUGGAUGAUGGCACCAUCAGCGCCCACAAGCCCCUGUUGAUUUCCAGCUGUGACUGGAUGGCUGCCAUGUUUGGGGGGCCAUUCGUGGAGAGUUCCACCAGGGAGGUGGUGUUUCCUUACACCAGCAAGAGCUGCAUGAGGGCAGUGCUGGAAUACCUCUACACCGGCAUGUUCACCUCCAGUCCCGACCUGGACGACAUGAAACUCAUCAUCCUGGCCAACCGCCUCUGCCUGCCGCACUUGGUUGCCCUCACAGAGCAGUACACAGUGACCGGACUGAUGGAAGCAACUCAGAUGAUGGUGGACAUCGAUGGGGAUGUCCUUGUGUUCCUGGAGCUGGCUCAGUUCCACUGUGCGUACCAGUUGGCUGACUGGUGUCUCCACCACAUCUGCACCAACUACAACAACGUGUGUCGCAAGUUCCCCCGAGACAUGAAGGCCAUGUCCCCAGAAAACCAGGAGUAUUUUGAGAAGCAUCGGUGGCCGCCCGUCUGGUACCUGAAGGAGGAAGAUCACUACCAGCGGGCCCGGAAGGAGCGUGAGAAGGAGGACUAUCUACACCUGAAACGGCAGCCCAAGCGGCGGUGGCUGUUCUGGAACAGCCCCUCCUCACCGUCCUCUUCAGCAGCCUCCUCGUCGUCCCCAUCUUCCUCCUCGGCUGUGGUCUGAGAUGCUGCCGCCCUCUUCUGACCCUGCUGUUGUUGUCCCCAUGUGUCCUCGCCCCUCUGCUCUUCUGCAUCGCCCCUCCACCUUCCAGGGACAAAGGACUCACAUAACCAGGACCUAUGGGCGGAGCUGCUCUCACCAGCCAACAUAGCUCAGCAAAGAGAGGAAGGAGCCAGGACAGGGACCCCCUGCACAGGUCCUGAUUCCAAAAGCAGGGCAAGGGACAGCUGCUGGGAGGUGGGGAGCGGGGAAGGAGCCAAGGGCUGUGGCAUCUUGUCUCUGGGUCAGAGAACCCUAGAGUCAAGGGGAAAACUCCACCAGCCGUGAGGCUGUGUCUGGUUCUGUGAAGGCAGCCCUCUCCCACUGAGCGGCAGUGCCCCGGAAGGGGCCUGCCUCUGUUGGCCAAGUGUUUCCAUCAGUGGACUCAGAGGGUUGCAAAUAUUUUGUGGGCAUUUUCCACCUGGAGCCUAUUCAAAUCCUCACUGGAGAAGUCAGGGUAGAAAUUAAGCCUUCAGCCCCCAACCCAAGGCUUCCAUGCCUGGGGUACAGUGGCCAGAGGCCACACGGGGAAGGCUUGCCCUCUGCCGGCAUCCCUCCCAGGGCUGUGGGCAUCUGGGCCUGAUCAGGGUGGCAGAGGUUGUUCAGAGCUGCAGGCCUGUCAGCAGUGCCUCUUGGUGCAAUGAGAAACUUCUCUCCUCCCCUCCUUCACCGCUCAGAUUUGGAGAUGGAAACCAAAGGAAACAGCUAGAAUGGGGGGAGAGAGAAGGAAGGGGGUGAUGUGGGCCUGGGGGCAGCAAUCCCAUGCUCCUUUGGGCUCUUCCCCCGGCCUCUGGUUAGCACAGCUUCUUGUGGGGUAGGGCAAAAUAGGCAAAAAACCCCAAACAACGAUGAACAGAAUCACCGCCAACAAAAACACUGUACCCUCUAUCUCCUCAAAGGAAGAAAAACUGAAAAAGACCCGGUAUGGCUUACACUUUCAUAAAGCCAAGCAGGUGUCCCCAUGUGGAUGAGAAAAAAGUUGAGGUGUCAGAAUUGACUCCAACACUUCUCAGGAAAGCAGUUGUCACCGGCUGUGACUGAGGACACCCUGGCCCUGCUGGCUAGCUCUGGAUAGCACGUUGCACGCCUUCAGCAUGCUGGGAAUGCGGUUUGGGGGGUGGGGAGGGUGGUCUCAGGAAUCCACGUGGCAUCGGACGCAUGAGUUGCCCAUCGUGAGAAUCAGGUUAUCUUCAUCUUCAGUGGGUGACUCCCAAGCAUGUGAAUGUGUUGGUGUGGUAGGGUGGGAUGGGGUCAAAGGUCAGGCUGAAGGGCACCGAUUCGGAGAAUAGGAGUCCCUGGAAUGAAGGAUCAUAGCACGUGACCUUACUCAGUGCUGGUUGGUAAAAGGGAAGGAGAAAAAUGGAGAGGAAUUGAACAGGAGCAAAACCAAGAUCAGUCCAGAGAAGAGAAGGGAGGAGGCUGGAAGAUUGUGGGGACUUAGAUGAUUGCUUGCAGCCCCACAGUGAAAAGCUGGGCCACAACAGACCCUUUCCCCUUUUUCUAAUCCUGAUCCAUGUUUCACUCCCCACACUUUUAUAUUUAGAAAACCGAGCCCCUCUGCUGAGGGUGGAGCCACGGAGACUGAGUUCCUGACCUUAGAGCUCAGGAGUCACCUCUCCUGAGAAAGAUGCUUUAGGAAGAGGAACUGGCUUUUGGUCCCAGGAUCCUGGGUGGGCUCCACUGCCAAGAGUCUGGCUUUAAGUCUGGGAUAGAGCAAACCCAGAAACAAAGGAACUUCUGUAUCAGUUUUGUGGUGCCAAGACCUAGAGAUCUGAGUUUAAAGUCCUUGCCUAGAGAAGGAGCAGGAGGUGGCACGUCAGCCGGUCUAGAGUGGCUGUCACCUAUGUUGUCUCAGCCCCAGACUUCUCUCAGGACAUGGCUGCCUCCCUUCUAAGUGCUUCUCCAGGUAACAGGCUGGGAAACCAGAUGUGUGCUGCCCUCUACUGGCUGGUCAGCUCCUUUCCGCUGAGCUCAAGGUCCCUGGCUUCAGGGUGAGGCUGAGGAGCAAAGGACAGGGGCAAGAGGGGAGCCCCCAAGGGGUGUAAGGGUGCCGCUCUGCACCCAGCACCUCCACUCUGGGAAAGAGGACAGAGGAGGGGACCAUGGGGCCUCCCAGGAACUCUAGGUGGUUGGGAGAGCCAGUGCCUAAAGUCCAGGGGAAGGGAAUUGGGGCUCAUAAGGUUGCAGGGCUGAGCCACCUGGCCCACUGAUGAGGAUGCAGAAAGGGCCCAGGUGAGAGAAAGGGGAAGGUGGCCCACAAGGUGCAGGAGGCCACGGGUGAGAAGCCACAGAAAGACCCCAGCAAGCAGUGCCCCACCCCUCAGGGACCCACUGCCCCUUCCCAACAGCUCUGUCAGAGCCAGCGUGCACCUCACAGGAGCCCAGCAGGCCCAGGUGCGACCCAGAGACACCACCCAGGGAAGCUGUGGGGGAGCCAGGCCAGGCUGGGGUCCCUCUCCCAGGAGGAGGGCAGGGAGGGAGGUGGGGCUGAAUUCCAGUCCCCCAGGAACCUGGUGCCUGGAAAUCCAGGGUCAGCACAGGAGACACACCCAUGCAGGGUGAGCCUGAGGCAUAAAGGGGAGAAGGAAGGAGUGGGUCACUCAGCAGGAGCACCCACCCCUGCACCAGUGUCACUCAGCUGCUUCAGAGGAGAAUCGGAAGAUGGGGGAGGAAAACACACACACGCCUCUUUUUAUAUUGCAUAUUUAACUUGGUCAUUAAUUCAUAAACACAUAAGUAUUUUGUACAUAGCUUUUCUUGUAUUGUUUGGUAUUUCCCACAAACUCUUCAAAGGUGGGGACUUCCAAUGGAGAGAAGCACGAAAAGAUACCCAACCACUAAUGAAACACUAAGUGCCUAUCGUGGGCCAGGUGCUACUUGGACUGGAUAUAAAACAAAAAAGAGAACGUCAUGCUUUCAUUAAGCUUACCUUAAAUAAAUGAACAUGAUAAACACUGACAA